AUGGACUUAUACCUCCUCGAUACACUAGUAUUCAACAAAAUACACAGCCAGCCUUGCAUGUAUCUUCAAAUGCUCUGGUACAUAGCUUAUUUAAGAUUUUGGCAAACCAAAGUCAUUCAUGGAUGGGAAGAGUUUUUCAUUUGGGUGUAUCAAGGACCUGUAAAAGACUGUACAAUUUUUGCUAAAGCCCAGGUGAACCCGAAAUCCACCCAUAUUUGGACUCAACUGAUGGAUUCGGACUUAUCCCUGGUUCUACAACAAGGCUAUGGCCACCCUCGUCAACAGUGUCGGGCUAGCCAGCUUCCAUUAGCUGCACAAGAAUUUCAUGCUACUUCCCUCGCCUCCGUCUCAUACCCCGUGAGGCAGGUAAUGAUACCCUUUUCCCUCCACACCGUCGUCCUCCACCCCACCUCAAACAUACAUGCAUUCAUUAACACCCUCCGCCUCCAAGACGAAUAUAGCCAGGUUUCGGACAACACACAGAUGUCUGAGUACUGUGGCGCAUAUUGGAAUUUACACAUCCUCAUGCCCCACCUUCCUCUACGUGCUUUGCUCCUGUGUCAGCGAUGCAGCCCCAUGGUCAGCGAUGCAGCCCCAUGGUCAGCGAUGCAGCCCCAUGGUCAGCGAUGCAGCCCCAUGGUCAUCUGCUCUCCCCCCUCUUUUGCGGCUGCGCCGCACACUUCACCGAGCGCUGUCUUGCGACCUACAUUGACUCUGAGGAUUUGGUCUAGCUGUCCCUUUGUCGCCUUGUUGACAUUACAUACUACAUGCCCCCGUCACUAUGCCUCAAAUCAUUUCAAUAUCAACCCCGCCACCAUGUUAACAUCAUCGGCUCGCGACUUGUUCACAUUCGGAGAUGACAGUGUGCCUGUGUGCACCACUGACGGCGAUCAUAAACUAAAGCACCCUGUGUUCUGGCACUCUACUUACUUUCAGAUUGUACAGGGUGAGAUGCCUUUGUGUUUUUUUGCUGUUGGGGUGCAUCUAUACAUGGAGUAG